UGUACGAUGUCGGAUGGCACAAGGACAAUUGACUACCAAGAGUACUCAAGGCACCACGAUCGCGGGAAACAAAAGAAUACGUCUCUUCCGGUCAAUAACCGAUGCUCUAUAAGAUAGCCGCUUAGUGGAUGUGCGCUUUCAUGCCCGUGCUGUCUAGCCCGCAGCGCUGAAAAUUUGACAUAUUCCGUACACCAGACCGAAACAGGAUGCAUGUUCACGGCGACGGUUCCCCUUCAUGUUACGCUCUUUCGGCUUCUAUUCACUACGACAAGAUGCAAGGGCUUACACCUUUCUAUCACGCCGCGUGCGACAGCGACGACAGUUUAAUCGUCUCCGAUGUCCCUCCCUGGUCGGAGUCACUCGAGAUACCCCUUUUCCAUGGGCUCGUCCGUCCCCUUUUACAACCCAACGAAACCGACUUUCUACGCGACAUUCUCGACCGUACAUCCCUCGCAACCUCCUUUGACCAUUCCUGCUUGCGUUACUUGGACUUGCAGCUUCUGACACGGCCGACAGAAUCCUUCGCUGACGUCUGCUGGAGAGACGCAGUCCAUGAUGAUGAUUCUAAUGAACGCUGCUCAUUAUCCUCUUCCAUGUCCGAUUGCCCGACAUCUUCGCCUAACUAUCUGCUGUCUUCUUAUGGCGAAGAAGACGCGAUAUCGAGCUCGUCGGAAUCGCUAACGUGCCAUGAGGACCAUGACGAAUUUAAUAUGCAUAGCAAGCAGUCUUAUCAUUCAGACCGGGAUUUGAGACAGGUUUAUUUCUCCGUCUCCCUGCCGGGGGAACGGGAAUCAUUCCUCUCUUUUGAACCUUCGCCGUACUUUGCGUCCUCCUAUCCAGCGGAGCCCGUGUGUGACUUACCCACGACGGCGCCUGUGACCCGAGAUCGGGGAAAGUCAUAUCACCGCUUUACAACAUAUUGCUCGAGGAUGCCGUCUAGUUCGACGAUGAAAUUUAGCUGAAAUUGUAGAUGACAGCUACCACUGAGGCGGCUUUGACUUACACAACCAGUUCACAUUAGUCCAUGUCGCAGAAGGACCUCAGUUUUUUCCACAUGCAUUACAUUACGAUACUCAUGGACUUUUGGCCGUGUCAUACUUGACAGUUCGUUCUUGAAUUUAUUUUUCAAUUUGUGCUCAGGUGUGACGCGUUGUCCGGCCACACGUGCUAUCGUGACCGAUCG